UCGAGGCGGCUCGCGCGCCCCGCUGCUCUCCCGGUGCUGUCAGAGCAAGGGGUGAACCUGGAGAACAGCCUUGCCCUGGCGCUGCUGCCGGCUCCCGCAGGGCUGGACCCGGGGACUUGUGUUCCGGAGCAAGCUUCCCCCAAGGGGCUGAGCUCGGCAGCGUGGUGCCUGCAGCCGGAGCCGGGCUCUGGCUUGGCAGGCAGGGGGCAGGUCGCCUGGAAUAAGUGCGGCCCGGGCGGGGACUGGCUCCCUGGCAGGAGGAAAGUUUGCGACCAGAUGGGCUCCGACGUGCGAGAUCUCAACGCCCUGCUCCCCUCCGUGUCCUCCCUGCCGGGCAACAGCAACUGCGCCAUGCCGGUGAGCAGCGCCGCGCAGUGGGCGCCAGUCCUGGACUUCCCCCCGGGGGCGUCCUACGGCUCGCUGGCCCCGCACUCCUUCAUCAAGCAGGAGCCCAGCUGGAACGCCUCGGACCCCCACGAGGAGCAGUGCCUGAGCGCCUUCACCGUCCACUUCUCCGGCCAGUUCACCGGCACCGCCGGCGCCUGCCGCUACGGACCCUUCGGAGCCCCCCCGCCCAGCCAGGCGCCCUCCAGCCAGGCUCGGAUGUUCCCCAACGGCCCCUAUCUGCCCAACUGCUUGGAGAGCCAGCAAGCCAUCCGCAACCAAGGUUACAGCACAGUGGCGUUUGAUGGGACUCCAAGUUACGGCCACACUCCCUCUCACCACGCAGCGCAGUUUACAAACCACUCCUUCAAACAUGAGGACCCCAUCAGUCAACAGACCUCGCUAGGAGAUCAACAGUACUCGGUACCUCCACCAGUGUACGGCUGUCACACCCCCACAGACAGCUGCACAGGCAGCCAGGCCCUGCUCCUGAGGACCCCCUAUAACAGUGACAAUUUAUACCAAAUGACCUCACAGCUUGAAUGCAUGACAUGGAAUCAAAUGAACUUGGGAUCUACAUUAAAGGGCCAUGCAACAGGAUAUGAGAGUGACAACCACACUGGUCCUAUGUUAUACAGCUGUGGGGCCCAAUAUAGAAUACACACCCAUGGAGUCUUUAGAGGAAUACAAGAUGUUCGGCGAGUGCCAGGAGUCGCUCCAACUAUUGUCCGAUCAGCUAGUGAGACAAAUGAAAAACGUCCCUUCAUGUGUGCGUACCCUGGCUGUAACAAACGAUACUUUAAGCUGUCCCAUUUACAGAUGCACAGCAGAAAGCACACCGGUGAGAAACCAUACCAAUGCGACUUUAAGGACUGUGAGCGAAGGUUCUCUCGUUCAGACCAACUCAAACGACACCAAAGACGACACACAGGUGUGAAACCCUUCCAGUGUAAAACCUGUCAGAGAAAGUUCUCUAGAUCUGAUCAUCUGAAGACUCAUACCAGGACUCAUACAGGUAAAACAAGUGAAAAACCAUUCAGCUGUAGAUGGCCCAGCUGUCAAAAAAAAUUUGCCAGAUCCGAUGAAUUAGUCCGCCAUCACAACAUGCACCAGAGGAACAUGACUAAACUUCAGUUGGCCCUUUAGACAAUUCAAACAAAUGAAUAAACCAGAUGGGACAAUAUGAACUACUGCAAACUCUUCCAUCAUCCUUGACCGCCUCUUUAGGAAAGCUACGGCUGUCUUCGCUACCCAGUUGAGACAAGUUAACUAAACCGUAGGAUUCUGUUCAGUUUUGUCAUCCAUUUGGACUUAAAAAAAAAAUUCUCAUUCAAUGUUAAUUGGGUUUUUUUGUAACGUUGUUAUGGAAUUACAAAGACUGUUACAGUUAAAAUAUUACUAUGAAUUAUAGUUACUUUUGAUGGGUUUUUCUCUAAUUUUUAUUUCUACCUGAACUUUUCCAGGUGCAAAUUCAUUGUAUCUUAUUCAGUCAAACCAUGUGUAGGGCAUGUGUGCAUGUCUGCUAAGGUAAGCUCUGUGCUUACUGCAUAUGUGCAUAUGGUUAAGUUUCCAAUUUCUAAUACAACCACACACUCCAAAAAAACACCUGAGACAUUUCUGAUAAGCUUUGUACUUCUACUGCCUAAGGGCAAUUUUUUAAAAUGUAAGAUCUGAUUUGAAUUUCAAAAAUCAACUUUAACCCCCCCACACAGUUUCUAGAGCAGCUAAAGUUAGAUGAAGCAGUACCACUUUGCGCAGAAAAUGAGAAUCUUACAAUUAAGUUAACUUGCUUUUAACAUUAUAGCAUUGAUUCCCCAAAACUGUAUUUUCUCUGUUUAAAUCUUUUUUAUUUUUUUUGUACUGGUUUAAAUUUAUUCCAUCAUGAGAUGCACAGAUCUUCUUCUUACCCUAAACGGAUUCCAGUCAUUGUAGACAUUUGGGAUUUGUUUACAAUGUAAACCACACUGGUUAUGUGGUUAGCAAGCUGUAUAAACUUAAAACUGAACUUAAAUGGGGCUGGUCCAGGAUCUCCAUUAACAGAUUACUCUUAAGAUAAGUAACUUAAAAAGACUCUUCGUCAAGUAUAUGUGAAAAGAGACAUUAGUGUGAGGAAAUAUAUUGUUUCAGGGUUUUGGGAGGAGGGGUUUAUUAUUUCCUAUUAAUUGCUUGAAAUUGUGUGUGUUUGUGUGUAUAUAUAUAUCUGAUAAUGUAUUGCUCUUAGACAACUAAAAUUAGAAAGUGUAUAAAUAUUAGAUGCAUCACUGUUCUGAUGUUAUUGCUGUUACAAAUUAUUGAUAACACUAAGAAUGUAACCUGCAUUUUUCACCAAGCUUUCAAUUAAAGCCCCUUCAAAGAGAAAAAAAAAAUGAGUCCAACAGCUGUCUUGUUUCAUGGCUG